AUGCGGGAAUUAGAGGAAAGGUUGUUGAGGGCCAAGGCUUGCACUCUACCGCCAACACAGAAUCCACUCUUCGCGGCACGACCAGGUCCGUUCACUACCAGAAUUUUGCAAACCGUCAGACCCACAUAUGCCAAGAUGCCCAAGAUAGCCCAAUUUGGAGGCAUAACAGAUCUAUUUGUACACAUGGACACUUUCAAGAAAGUAACCAAUAACAAGGGAUUUGAUGACGCAACGCUUUGUCACCUGUUUAGCGAAACGUUGGACGGCGAGGCAAUGAGUUGGUUUUUCGAAUGCCCACUAGGCUCCAUGGACUCAUUCUCAAGUCUGUCAAAUGCAUUUUUGUCAAGGUUCAUCCUCAUGACGGAUGGUUACCACAACUCCGGCCAAUUAUUCAGCAUCAACCAAGCUAUUGAUGAGUCAUUAAAAUCAUUUGUCCCAAGAUGGAGAACCGCCACAUCAAGAUGUCGGGAUCUUGACAAAACAAUGGCACUGGCGGCCUUCAAGCAGGGACUUCACAAGACAAGUUUUCUAUACCACCUCAACUGUAAUUGUCCAAACGCCACAUAUGACUACAUCAUGAAUGAGGCCGUCCUACGUGUCCAAGCUGAGUACAUCACUUAUGGCGCUACACCACCACCUCCACAAACUCCACUCAAAACCCCCCAGCCAGCCACAUUCCAACAAGGAAAUCCCACCACCACUCCAAACACCACCACACCACCCAAUGACAAAAAAAGGGAAUGA